AUUGCUGAUGUCAUUAGAGCUGCAGUAUAUGAACAGGACUCCCACUGUACAGUAUAGCACAAACCUGUCUUAACAGUACAGACAUCUACAGAAUAAAGAUGUGCACAGCUGUUGCUCAGUCCGGCAUAUUAGUUCUGCUUACGGUUCUGCCGUAUAUUUGGUGUGAACAGCCAGUAAACUGCAGGUGGGGACCUUAUGGGGAAUGGUCAGAAUGUGACGGCUGUACCAGGACACAGGUUCGAACACGUCAUAUAGAGAUAUUCUCUCAGUUCGGAGGCAGUUCUUGUACAGGGGAUGCCAUUCAGAGACAAAACUGCGUUACAAAGAAAAGCUGUCCCUUACAGGAGGGAUGCGGAAACAGAUUUCGUUGUACAUCUGGUCGAUGUAUCAGCCAAUCUCUGGUGUGCAAUGGUGAUCAUGACUGUGAGGAUGGUUCAGAUGAACAGCGAUGCAGUGGCUCUAUAGUGUGUAAUGAGCAAAAGCCACCACCCAACUCUGACCUCACAGGACGAGGGUUUGACGUGUUGACGGGUGAGCUGAAAGCUGGGGUCAUUAACACUCGUAGCUUUGGUGGGCUGUGCAGAAAAGUGUUCAGUGGAGACCACAGUGAUUUCUACAGACUUCCACAGAGUCUGCUAAGAUAUACGUUUCAGGUCAGUGUUGAAAAUGAUUUCAGUGACGAGUAUUAUGACAGCUCCUGGUCUUACACGAGGCAUGAAGAGGAUAGAAAGCAAAUUAGGGGAGGCCACGACCAUAAAACCUUUCAUAAUGAACUCAAGCAGGAUAAGGAAUAUCACCUGCUAAUCAUUAAGAAUGAUGUAGAAGUGGCUCAGUUUCAGAAUAGUGCUCCUCAGUAUCUCCCUCUAUCUGAAGACUUCUGGAAAGAUCUAUCUGCCCUGCCAAGCACAUAUGACCCAGCGGCCUAUCGAUCAUUUUUACAACGCUAUGGUACCCAUUACAUGGAAGAGGGCACUUUAGGUGGCCAGUACCGAGCCCUGCUGGAGCUUGAUGCAAACUCUAUGAUGGAGAUGAGUAGAACAGAUGUUGAUUUCCACCAGUGUAUUACACGGGUGAAGCGACGCCUCUUCUAUAAGAAAAGAACAACCAAGUGUGUGAAACUGAUGAACACAAUUGAGAAUCUCAAUAAAAACAGUAAUCGUCAGAUGGAAGUUAAGACAAAUAUUAUCGGAGGGCAUACUGCGUAUAUUGGUGGUCUUAGUGUCCUAGACUUGGAGGAUCCUGACAAUAACAAACGGAUGUAUUCAAAAUGGGCAGGUUCAGUGAAGGACUUUCCUACAGUGAUUAAAAAGAAGUUGCGACCACUGUAUGAAUUGGUCAAAGAGGUGCCAUGUGCUGGACUGAAAAAACAUCACCUGAAGAGGGCCCUAGAAGUCUAUGUGGAGGAGCAGAGCCCCUGUCACUGCAGGCCGUGUCAAAACAAUGGUAGGCCUGUGCUUACCGAAGGCCAGUGUACCUGUGUGUGUAAGCCGGGCACCAGUGGAAAUGCCUGCCAGAACGGUCAUGUGAUUGGAGGACAACCAGGAGUGAUUGAAGGUGGCUGGAACUGCUGGUCUGCCUGGAGCAGCUGCUCUCAGGGUCAGAAGUCAAGGACUCGUUCAUGUAAUAAUCCUGCUCCUAGAAAUGGAGGCAAGCAUUGCAUAGGACAGACCACAGAGCACAAACGCUGUGAAGACCCUGAUCUUGAACAUUUAAAAAUGAUGGAGCCCCACUGCUUUGAUUUCUCACUGACACCAGUGAAGUCAUGUAAAAGUCCACCUCCUUUGAAGAAUGGAUUUGUUUUGGAUCCAAAAGACAUCUAUCCAGUGGGAAGUAAGAUUGAGUACACCUGUACAGAUGGACAUGAUCACAUUGGGGACCCGAUUGCAGAGUGUACAGAGAACCUGACUUGGAAGACUUUUCCUAUGGAGUGCAAAAAAACUGCAUGUGACCCUCCACCCGUUCUGAAUAAUGUCAUUGCCACACCCUCAAAACAAGCCUAUUUGAUUGGGGAGAGCGUGUCCCUGUCAUGCCCACCUGGGAUGCAACGAGAAGGAGAAGCAGAAAUCCUGUGCCGUCUUGGCCUAAGCUGGUAUCCAGCACCUAAGAAUAUCAGAUGUCAACCAGUGGAAACAGUUCCCACCCAGCCAAGCCUGCUGUGCAAACCAUGGGAGAAAGUUGGAAAGGGUCAGUGUGUUUGCAAAAUGCCAUAUGAAUGCAAGGCGUCACUCCAGGUUUGUGCCUCGGUACGUCCCGGUCGAGUAAACAGAAUGAGCGUCUGCCAGCUUGGAGCUUUGCAGUGUUUGGGACAAAAACCCUCUCUGCUACAGGACAAUGCAUGCAGUUGGCCAAAAACCAAUUUUACAUCUUGUCAAGACUGCCAUCAAUGGGAGACAUGUGACGGGAUGAAAUGUGAAUGUAAAGAUCCUGAGGACUGCACUGUUGACUCCGCCCACAUGUGUGUCUCUGUAAUGGGCGGAGCUUCUGAGAUGAUCUCAGAGUGUGAGGCGGGAGCUUGGAGAUGUAAAGGAAAAGAGAUCACAAUACUCAACAUUGGAGACUGUCAGAUAUAAAGACUUUUCAUUAUCUCAGUGUUAUGACAGCCUUGUAUGAUGGUUUAACUGCAAGUAAUGUAUUAUGUACUAUAAUAAUGUAUUGUUCUUAUUUUUUUAUAAAAAAUAAUAUUGUAAAUAAGUCUGUAAAAAACAGUUAACACAUUUAUAUUUUAUUAAGAUGUUUAAUAGAGUUCAAAUACAGGAACAAAUACAGGUUUUUAAAUUUAUACAAAAAUAACCACAUUACAUGUUGUGAAUUAAUCUGUCAUCAUUUUGAUGUAAAAAUAAAUCCAAAAAGAUUUAUUAAAAAUUA